CCCCUCAAUGCUGUCACCUCAACUCCAAUCCUACAGACAAAAAAAUGCACAAUGUAUUGUACAUACACGUGUAUGUUCUAUGUUCUGUGCAUAAGUGUUAGUGGCGUUUCACAUAAAUAAUGUAUCAGACUACCAUGAUUUUGAUGUGUAGGUUGAAGAUCCUCAUUUGUUCAUGGACUCUGGUGGUCUUUAUGUCUGGGAUAAACUGCCUGGAUGGACAUGGCGAUCAUCUGUCAAUGGAAGAUGUUUUGCUCCUGAAGCAUGAACCGGAUCCUAAAUGCUUCACCCAGUUACAGAAUGGAUGGGAAAGGGAUUUUACCUGCUUCUUUGAGUCUCCAGACAACAGGACUUAUGAUUUCUUCUACACAGCCCGGUACUCACGCAGAAAGUGCAAUACAUCUGUCCAGAGAACAAGAGAGGGAACCUUCCUACACAUCUGCUCCUUUCCUCGUUCAGAGAUUAUGCUGUUUGUGGACAUACUACUUAAUGUGGUGGAUCGCAACAGCAGUGCCAUCCUCUUCAAUCGGAAGGUCUAUGUGGAGGACAACAUUCUUCUGCAUCAACCCAUCAGUGAGUCAUUAAACCAAAAUGGCCAUGCGGGACAGCUUCAGAUCUCAUGGCGUGUCAACACUCAGUGUAGAUACGAGAUGUACUAUAAAAUUCAAUACAUGUCCAAGAGUAUAGGAGUGAAGACAAAACAGGGAGAGGGGAAAUCGAAUGAAACCUUGGUGGAUUUGGUGCCAGGGGAGGAGGUUGAGGCUCAGGUCUCUGUCAAAUGUGCAAACGCAGAAGAUGCUGGACACUGGAGCCGCUGGUCAAACUCUGUUAAAGCCACAGUUCCACAAACUGCAGAUGAUAUUUCACUCAUGUGCUACACCUCUGACUUGUACAAUAUCACCUGUCAGUGGGAUGGGAGCAGAUACAGUGUGCAAACACAGUACAAACUGUUCUACAAGAUGGCUCUAAGUGAUGCUUUGGGAUGGACACAAUGGACAGAAUGUUUGCCUGGAAGGGAUAUGACUGACCUGUGCUGUUUCCAUGGAGACAUAUCUAAAAAAGUCAAGGUCAAGCUGACCAGCUCUCCACCUCCACACAGCAGAACCUUUUAUUCUGAAGAGUUUGACCUUGCACACAACAUUAAAACACCCCCACCAAAUCAUGUAAAAAUUGUUCCAGGAAAGGCAAAGAUGUGCAUGAACUGGGAAGCUCCUCUUCCUUCUCUGUCGGAUCACCUGCUGUAUGAACUCAGCUAUAAGAGAGGAGUUCAAGAAUGGAUGACAGUGUCCUUAAAGAAGAACGCCACCUGCACUGAGGUUCCAUCAGGCAGCCAGAUCAGCUUUAAGGUCAGAGCUAAACCUGAUGGGGAUGUUUUCUCGGGCCAUUGGAGUGAAUGGACAGAUAUGUUCACUAAAGACGCCCCCACUGACAUAAGCACAUUGCUCAUCCAGUGUAGUCCAGUCAUGUUGCUGGUAAUUGCUGUCAUCAUCUUCUACCUGUUCUUCACAUACUUCAGGAAAUUGAAGCAGAUUUUUUGGCCACCGGUGCCCAAUUUGGACAAAGUCCUGCAAGAUUUCCUCAUGGACAUCAAUGUGCAGAAAUGGGAUCCUCCCAUCACAGCAAAGCAGUGCUUUGAGGAAAUCACAUCGUCUAUAGUGGAGGUCACAUCUAAAGAAGAGGAUUCACAAUCAGAGAUGUCAUCAGAGGUAUUGACUGAGCUCCUCUCGACACCAGAGACACUAUUAUCCAGUGGAGAACAGGUAGAUGGAGGUUUGACAACGGAGACGGAAAUCUUCCCAGACUACGUGACCCUGAACAGAGACAAUGAGAUUCUAAGUCCAAAAGAAAACAACUACGUUUACAAGCAGGUUGAGGAGAAGGAAGGUCCAGAGGUGAAGGAUGAGGUCUUAACAAUGACGUCUCAUUGUUCCUGCACUGAUGAGUCGCUCUGUAUCGACCCUUGCUUAUGCCCUGUCUUUCUUAACCAUUCUUACUUACCUCUGACUACAGACCAUAUUGACUGUAAAGUUAAUGAUUCAAGAGGGACUGGCAACAUCUAUACCAAUCUGCCCUGUAGUUAAAUUUGCAGCACAGCACAUACGUGUAUGAUGCACUUUCUUCCAUGAAAUUAGGACGUACAGUGUAAUGGUGUAUUUUAGUGAAUGUGAAGUACUGUGCAAAAGUCUUAUGCCAACAGCUCUAAUUAGUAAUGAUCACACAAAUGCAUUUCUCAGUCUCUGCAUUUAGAUCCGAUCUACAUAUGGGAACUAUGUACAACAGUAAAAACAAAAGUUUCCAGGAAAAAACAGCUUUUAUAAACCAAAGUGGUAGAAUUUAGUGUGACCUCCCUUUGCACUUAACCUGUCUUUAAUCCUAAGAUUUAUUGCAUUAAUUUUCUGAUGUUUUAUACCAGGUUUCAUUCAACACUUCACAUGUCUCUAAUUGUCUCUGCUGGUUCUUGUCAUGGGGUCAGAGGUCACACUAAAAAUGACUUUAACCUUUAAGGCACAUUUGCAUCAGUUUGUUUUUUGUGUGUGUGUGUGUGUUUUUAAGGCACAUAUUCCCUGUAUUUUCAUGUUGUAUCUGAAGAAAAGAGAAUGAGAAAUAAAUGUAUAGGCUCAUUUCAACCCUGCAAAAACAACAAAGCUAAAGGUGGAUUAAGACUUUUGUACAGUACUGUUGUUCUGACAGUUCAGCUUCAACCUGCACUGCUGUGUCUUUUUAUGUCCACUAGAGGGAACAGGAGAUUGCAAAACAAUUAGUGAGACUGCAAAGUGAAGACACCAUUUAUUAAGACGACUUGUGUAAGGUAUGAGUGUAUAGCUUUUCAAUGUGCCUCAUGUACACUUGAGGAACGAGCUACUUGACUAAUUUUUCUCAUUUAAUUUUGCAUUUAACCCACAAAGACCCAAACAGCCACCGGUGACCAGAAUCAUCUACUGAUAUAAACUGUUUAAUACCUGUUGAUCCACUAAUCCUAUCAAUACAUGUAAAGAACUGGUGUAAUAUGCAGU